CUCAACUUUCAUUGCGUGGGAUGCAAGUGUUUAACAAUAUAAUAAUUAAUUACUAACUAGCCACUUAAAUUGUCAUUAAAAUCAGUAAUCCAUAGCAUGUACUAACAAGUAAAACCUAAUCAGAGAGGAAAGUUUAACAUCAUGGAGAAUAAGGCAAUUGAUGAAAAUUCAGGACAUGAUUCCAAACUUGUUCAUCAAUUUUACUUUGUCAAGCUAUGGCCAACAGUUCCAGAUUCAAUCUCUCAAAUAAAAAAGGAAGAGAAAGUGACUGAGACAAUGAAUCGGGACAUUUCUAAAAUCACAGAUAAGAUCGCAAAGAAAAUGUAUGAAGAUCAGCAUCUUGAACAUGUGUUGAAGAGGAAAUAUACACAUAGUGGACGAAGAAAGAACAAGGAACUAAUGGAUUUUAAUAUGGCUCUUGAUGAAUUGAAUUUAAGAAAUGUUAAAGUAGAAAAUGGAGGAUGGUUUGGAGAAAAGCUCGAUAAAAGUUCUUUGAAUUAUUUGAGGCUACAUAGAAGCAAAAGUUUGAGUGAAGAGAAGAAAAUUAUGAGGGACAUAAAGAUUCAACAGACAGAUGUUUCUCCAUUCAAAUCACUAGAAGUACUUAAGGAAACGUUAUUGUGUAGCGAAUGGAUAUCCUAUAAAUGGAGAUUUGGAAACUUGGAGCAGAUGAUUAGAGAGAAUUAUUACUCGAGUGGUCGAUUGAAGCUCGUAUUUGAAAUUGAACAAUUCCAAAUCCAGAAUAAGGAGCGCGCUUCCUUAUAUGAUUCCAUAAAGAAAACUAUUAAAGAACAAAUAAAGCUUCUACGUGACGAUGAUUCUUUGGAAAACAGAAGAGAAAGGAAGGGAGGUUGGACAAGAAAUAAACCUGCAGGGAAAAAUUUAGUAGUUACUGGAGAGUUGUAUUCUUUGAGACAAAAGUUGGAUACGAAGUAUCAGAAAAAGGAUGAAGCACGUCAGAGGAUUUUGAAAUUAGACCAAUUGUAUCAUGAAGAGAUUCUCCACUAUAACAAGCAUUGUUCAUUUAUGAAUAAAGUUCAUCAGUUGGCUGAAGAAAAAGAUGUAGCAGCCCUUGAUGAAAUAUCACACUCAGAGGUUGGGAAGUUUAUGUUAGAAUGGAACAAUAAUAAGUCUUUCAGAGAAGAUUAUAAGAAGAAGUUUCUUCAAUCAUUAGAGAGACGACAACUAAGUCGAGACGGACGAAGAAUAUCUGAUAAAUCAUGCAUUAGUAUACUUUUAUAAUGGUGUGAGAGCCAAGAUUAUUAAGAAUAAAUGGUAUUCUGUUUAAAUUUCAGUGACAUGACAAUAUGAUUAAAGUCGGUAAUAAGAAAAUCCUUUUCCCUAUAAGAAAAUCCUUUUCCCUAUCAAACUUACUUGUAGUGCAAGUCCUCUCUAAUGUUAUCCUAGUUCCAUCAUAUAAUGGCAGUACAAUUGAUUAAAGGUUCUCAAAUGAUUUCACAUUUGCAUUCUCUACAUGA